CUUUGGUGUCCCCAGAGUAGUUAUGUGAAGUUCUAGCUCAAAAUAGCAUAUAGAUAAUUUAUUAUAGCAUGUUAAAAUCGCCACUUUGUAGGAGUGAGCAAAAUGUUCUGGUUUUGGGUGUGUCUUUUAAAAUGCAAAUGAGCUGAUCCCUGCCCUAAAUGGCAGUGCUAUGGUUGGAUAAUGCAGAUUAAGGGGUGGUAUUAUCCCCUUCUGACAUCACAAGGGGAGCCAAAUUUCAAUUACUCUUUGUCACAUGCUUCUAAAGUUACUGGGUUGUUCUUUAAGACAUUUUUCAGGUUGAUAAAAACACUGGGGACCCAAUUAUAGAACUUAAACAUGGAAAAGUCAUGAUUUUCAUGAUAUGUCCCCUUUAAACCAUGACGCCACACUCUUUCACUAAUCUCAAGGUAUUGCAGUGCCUUUGUUUGCUGUCAAAUGACAUGAAGGUGAAGUCAAAAAAUAGUUUUGUGAGUGUGUGUCAUCCUGCAAUAGGCCGGCCAUCUAUCCUGCCUGUGCUGUACCCUGCAUGUGGCCCAAGAUUCUGAGAUAGGCUCCCUCUGUGACCAUAUAGAAAGUAAGAGGUUUGGAGAAUAGAUCAGUUUGGGUAAUGUAAUAUGAUGUCAUGAUUAAGGCUAUUCAUAUUCUGUUGUAUAUUCGUGACGGUUAUGUGUACAUUAAUUUAAUUGUACAAGAUUCAGGAGAUUGUGCCCCUGUGUGUGAAAGUUUAAAUUCAUUUUAUUACUAUUUACUAGAGAAACAUGAACUAAAAAAAAAUGUAAUAUUUAUGAGCAUUGCUUAGAGACAAAAAUACAUCAAUAAUACAACCCCCUCCUCCCCCCACACACACACACGACAAACAGACACUGAGGUAACAAUAUUACAUGUAAGUGGCAGAGGAUGAACUGGAUAGAAGAAGGGAGGGGGAGAGAAAGAGAAAACAGAGAAAGAGAGAGAGAAAGGAAGUCCGAUAAAGAGACAGAUGUAGUCAAACAAGCUCAGCUUGAUAACACUUACCUGUACAGCAAGUGACAUAACUUUUCAGAAAAUGAACAUUUGUCUCUGUGAGUGUUGGCUAGUAUUUAUUUUAACAUUUUGUGAGUGGACAUUUUACAGUAAUGAUAUUAUAUUUUUCAGUUUGGGUUGCAGUCAAAGUUUCUUAACUCUUUAUGUAUUAAAAAAGUGUUACAUUUAAUGUUGUAUAUCAUUUUGCAUUUAAAAAAAGUAAAUUAAGACACAUCCUCUCACAUUUCUGUUCACUUCAUAUCUUGAAACUCAGGACAGAUAGAGAGAGAGACAGAGAGAAAGAGAGGAAGUCCAGGUUUGCUUUAACAGAUUAACUUGUUUUUCUUGUUCUCGCAUUUCUCUAUGAGGUGUAAACAGAAGAUGUGACAUAAGAAGGUGUACGUAUCCGAUGCACGAUGGCAGCUCCGGCAGUUGUUCCCAGGAAACAUUCACUGAUCAAAGUUGCAUCACCUCUGACUACUAAAUCUGUCAACCAUGGUCCCACAGUAAAUGGCGUGAAUGCAGAUACUCACCAGAUAAACCCUGAGAGAGAAGUUGAGUUGGUUAAUCACUGUUUUGCUGACAUGGAGCGUUUCAUGGCCCGUCUGCAGCAGACCGCAGAGGCUCAGAGUAUUCUAGAACAGAACAAGAAAAAGAGUCGGAAAAAGAGCAGCAAGAAGAAAAAAGACCAGGAUGAUGAAGUGCUUAGACAAAAGGCAACUCCGCCAUCAGAACAAGAGUUUGUGGAUAUUUUUCAGAAGAUUAAAUAUUCAUUUUGUCUAUUGGACCGCCUGAAAUCAAACAUCUCAGAGCCGUCCUCAGAAGAACUUAUUCACCAUGUCUUCAUUCCUUUGGACUUGAUGGUGAAGACCACAGGUGGACCUACGUUUGCAGCAACAGUUUCCAGCCCUGCACUAACUAGUGGAGCGAUCUCUCUACUACAAAAAAAUCUUAAUGCAAACGAGAAAGCACUCUGGACUUCACUUGGACCUUACUGGACCCUGCAAUACUCUAAACUCAAUGAGACUGUGCCUCAAUACACACCUGUGUUUCUGGAUGGUUGGCAGCCUAAGACCAGAGACGCACACGGACUACCGAUCGAGGACCCCAUUGAGUCGCAGCAUAAACACGAAGCUCAUAUGCUGACUCAACAGAUGAUUGAUCAGACACGUGCAGCUACACAGGAUGAACAUGAAAGUACUGAAGAUUCAAUGCUUCCUCCAGAAGAAAGGAUGUACCGCUGCAGUUAUGACUUUGUGGCACGAAACAGUAGUGAGCUCUCGGUACUACAUGGAGAAACUCUAGAGGUGUUGCAGUCAUCUAAGCGAUGGUGGAAAUGUCGGAAUGGUUACGGCGAAAUCGGUUUUGUUCCACAUAACAUCCUUGAGCCGAUCAAUCACUCAGAGGUUGAUUCUUCCGUAGUAAUGCGCAACCAUUCAAUGAAAGCUCCUAUCUCUCCCCCAAAAGGUGGAAGGUUCUCUUAUGCUGCACCCAACCCCUCGGGCGAAAAUGCAUACCACCUUAAUUCACGUCCUCAAAGCAUGCCACCAAUGGGAGAUGAUGGAGGAAGAGUAAUGUUGAUGAAUGAUGAGCUCAUGCAGCGAUUGGCCAAUGGGAGACCAUCGGCUCGCCCAGUGGUAAUAAAUAAAGCAAAUGAAACGACAGUACCACUCCACUACCAUUCUUCUCCAAGUGAGGUUCAAGAGUGGCUGAGGGGCAAAGGCUUCAAUGACUACACUGUGAGGAGUUUGGGCAUCCUUACAGGAGCUCAGCUCUUUUCCCUAAAUAAAGAGGAGUUACGCUCUGUUUUACCAGAGGAGGGCACCAGAGUUUACAGCCAGAUCAUGGUGCAGAAGUCACUGCUGGAGGAUGAGAAGAAGGCUACGGAGUUGGAGGCUAUAAUGAAGAAACAGAAGACUAAAGUUGAUUUAAGGGCUGAGGGUGGAGAAUUUUAAUGAAACUGCAUCUCUGUCUCAUUCACUCUCACACAUUCAGACCAGACGCAUUAAAGUAAUAUUUAUGGCACUGCAUUAACAGACCGGUGUGGCAUGAUUCAAGAUCCUGUUAACAAUUAUGAUCUCUGUUGUUUUAUGUCAUCAAUAGCUGCUUAACCUGACAUAGCUACACAACCAUUUUCAUUUAUGUAUUAAAGUUAAUUAUUAAUAAAAAGCACUGGUGGCUA